UCCCCCACCCUCUCUCUCUCUCUUUCAUUAUUUCAUUUAUUUGUUUUCUGUCACGUUGAAACGUGUCGGAUAAUAUUUCUGAAUCUUCUUCCCAUGAUGUUCCUUCAACCCUGAAAAAUUCCUCUGACAUUCCUCUCCGAUCUCCGGAGCUUGUCUCUUCUCAGUUUUUAUCACACACUGGAAGGUACCAUAUCGCAUUCUUGUCCCUCUCAAUCGUUAAGCAAUCUCGUGAGUGAUAAUUGAACUGGCUCACUCUCUGCUAUGCCUUCAUAUUGUUAUUCUCAAUGUUGGAUUCAAUGGCGGUUGUGUUUAAAACUUGGUUCAGGUUUCACUCUUGUGGGGGGUUUUGCUCAUAACAAUUGAGAUUUGUUUGGAGUAUAGAUUCCCAGAUCAAAUUGUGAGUUUUUUGUGUUGUGUAAUGAAUGAUGUUGUAGGUGAAACCCCUGUGAGGGAAUAAGGGAAGUCACUGUAGAUGGACCGAAGGAGUUGGCUAUGGCGCAGGAAGUCAUCUGAGAAAAGUCCUGGGGAAACGGAGAGUUCUGGUUCAAUAUCAUCUCUCUCAGAAAGGUUUUCUGAUGAUCAGGUAUAUCCGGCCCAAGCUGCUUUAUCACCAGAAGUCACGUCUAAGGCUGUACCAAAUGAAGAAGAAAUUAGUACACCCAAGAAAAGUAAAGAAGUUUCUGACGUGAAGAUUCUUACAGACAAAUUAGCUGCUGCUCUACUAAAUAUUAGUGCCAAAGAAGACUUGGUAAAGCAACAUGCUAAAGUUGCUGAAGAAGCUGUCACAGGGUGGGAGAAGGCUGAAAAUGAAGUGUCAUCUUUAAAACAACAGCUUGAUGCUUCAAGGCAGAAGAACACAGUUCUUGAAGACAGAGUUAGUCAUCUUGAUGGGGCACUCAAAGAGUGCAUGAGGCAGCUUCGACAAGCUAGAGAAGUGCAAGAGCAAAAGAUUGUUGAAGCUGCUGUGAAUAAUUCUCGUGAUUGGGAAUCCAAAAGAUCUGAGCUUGAGGGGAAAGUUGCUGAGCUUGAGGCUCAACUUCAAACAGCUAAAGCAGAUGCUGCUGCAUCAAUUCGUUUUGAUCUUCACCAGAAACUCGAGGUGGUUGAGAAAGAGAAUUCAAGUCUUAAACUUGAGCUAGAAUCUCGACUUGAGGAACUUGAAUUCAGGAUUGUUGAGAGGGAUUUGAGUGCUCAAGCUGCUGAAACAGCUAGCAAGCAACAUUUGGAGUGUGUCAAGAAGGUUGCUAAGCUCGAAGCUGAGUGCCGAAGACUGAAAGCCAUGACUCGAAAAACAGUUUCGGUUAAUGAUCACAGGCCUUUGACUGCUUCUUCAGUCUAUGUUGAGUCCUUCACAGAUAGCAUGUCAGAUAGUGGAGAAAGGCUACUUGCAGUUGAAAGUGAUAUGCAUAAAUUAGGUGGCUGGGAGAUGAAUGAAUGUGAGCCAAACCGUUUUGAUUCAUGGUCAUCUUCUUUAGUUACUGAACUUGAUCAAUUUAAGAAUCCAAAGGCUAAUGGAAAAAAUCAUAUGGUCCCUUCAACUGAGAUCAAUCUCAUGGAUGACUUCCUUGAGAUGGAAAGACUUGCUGCAUUGCCAGAUACAGAAAGUGGAAGAGUAGCAUCAGAUCAAUCCAAUGUUGGUCAGGCAUCAAUGAAAGCUGAAGUGGAAGCUAUGAUUCAAAAGAAUUCUCAAUUGGAAAAGAAGCUAAAGAAAAUGGAAUCUGAGGUAGAAGCCAUGAUUCUAAAUAAUGCUGAAUUGGAGAAGAAGAUGGAGAAAAUGGAUGCAGAUAAACUUGAGGUAGAGAUGGUUUUAACUGAGUGCCAAAUGCAGCUUGAGGCUUCAGAUAGUCGAAUAAGGGAAGCCGAGUUGAAGGUAGCCGAGCUUCAAACUCAGUUAGCCCUUGCAAACAAAUCAAAUCAAGAAGCAAGCGAAGAACUAAAAGCAACCAAAACAAACAAAGAGAUAGUUGAGUCACAACUCAAACUCACUCAAACUGAGGUCGAUGAACUGAUUUCAAAAAUCCAUUCUUUGAAGGAAGAGAUUCAAGAGGAGCGAGCUUUGUCUGCUGAGAAUUCAUUCAAACGCAUAAAGUUGGAGGAUGAGCUUUCGAGAAUGAAGCAUGAAGCUCAAGUUCAGCAAGAUACCGAGAUAUUGCAUAGGCAAGGUGUUAAUAACGAUUUGAAGCUAAAACAGGAAAAGGAACUUGCAUUGGCUGCUAGUAAAUUUUCCGAGUGCCAGAAAACUAUUGCAUCUCUUGGAAAGCAGCUAAGGUCCCUUGCAACUUUGGAAGACUUUCUACUUGAUUCAGACAACCCAAUGGAGUUAACUUGUGAAAUCACACAAGGUCUUCAAAAUGGUGGUGAACAGUUGAAGUUACAUCAUAGUGAUUUGAGCUUGCCCAAAAUAGAUUCUGAGACACCCAUUUCGUUAAACUCAUCUAUUACCAAUGAGAAAAGCCGUAGUGGCUUUGGUAAGUUCAUCCCUAGAAGCAGAAGUGUAAGCAAGACAAGAAGUCACUGAAUAAAGUGGAGAAAAGAUAAGGUUGAGUUGUAAAUUUGGUUUAUUCAUUUUUCUCUUAUGGAUUCGAUGUGUAUGAAUCCUACUUUACGUAUUUACAUAAAUAGCAAUGCUUGAAGAAGUGAAAAUGUUCAAAGCAAAUAUAGUAAAUACAUAUAAAGUCCAAAUUAUU